CCUGCACCUAAAACUAAAACACCUGUGAAAAAUCUGUUGGUAAAACAAAGGCCACAGCCCCAAAGCCAAACACACCCCCUAUUAAAACUGCGCCUUUUCCUUCCUUUCCUUCCCAUUACCCUGCAAUUGCAAGAUUCUGUAAAAUAUUUUAGCUUGAUUUUCUCUCUCGUUUUCUUGGUGAUUGAUUAGCUCUUGUGGGAUAAAUGAACACGAACUUUUGAUUGAAAUGUGCUCAAAAGCCGAGCAAUGGGAUUCUCUGCUAAUCUUCUCCCCCAUGUUCCAGCUUCUUAUCGCCGCCAUUAUUUCAAGUUUUGCUCUCUUAGGGUCCGUGAAAGUCACAGGUCAUUAUCAUUUGUAACAACGACAAAGUGCUAUGGUCUUCAUGGCAUCAAUUCGAUCUUGGGAGACAGGAUAUCCAGCAUCAACAACAAUGGGACACCUGAACCUGCAACGGCUCUCCUGGAGCGGUUGUUUGCACAGACACAGAAGUUGGAAGAACACUUGAAUGGGAAUUCUCAUUUUUUCCAAGAUGUUGAUCCAGACUUUAACCUUGAAAAUCUCGAGUCUGGUAUUGAGGCUGCUCUAAAAGCCUUGAGGAAGAAGGAGGAGGAUCUACAAGAAGCAGAAAGAAUGGUGAUGUUGGAACAUGCUGAAUUGAAUCAAGCAAAGGAGGAAUUAGAGCGUCGAGAGAAGGAAAUUGCAGCAGCUUUUUCCAAACAGGAGAAAUUGGAGGAGGAGUUACGACAGGCUAAUUUGAAGUUAGUUUCACAGGCAAGGCAUGUAGAAGAUAUGAAAUUGCUAUUGAAGGAAAGAGAACAGGAGAUUGCUGCAGCACAGUCCGUAUUGCUGUUGAAACAAGAUGAAAUGGAUAAAAUGAGGUGUGAAUUGACACGAAAGAAUGAAGAAGCUGCCAAGAAUGCAAUGCAGCUUAUAUCCAAAGCUCAGCUCUUGGACGAAGCCAACGACGUUGUGAAAAAGCAAGAUAUUGAAAUUCAGGAACUUGGAAAUGUUCUCCACGGAAAACAACAGGAGAUGGAAGAAUUGUUAAGUACGCAACAGCUUGAAGGAGAGAAGUUAAAGGCUGCGGAGACCAAGUUGGAGAAACAGACAAUGGAGUGGUUGCAAGCACAGGAAGACCUCAAAAAGCUUGGUGAGGAGGCAUCCAAGCACGUAGAUGAGAGCAAGGAAACUAUGAAAGAUUUUAGGAGAGUUAAAAGGCUUCUUGCUGAUGUGAGAUCUGAGUUGGUCUCAUCCCAAAAGUCAUGGGUUACCUCAAGACAGAAAAUGGAGGAACAAGAGCUGGUUCUUGAGAAGCAACGGCUGGAACUGGAAGAGCAACAGGAAACAAUUGUGUCUUACAUGAGUAGUCUGAAAAGUGCCCAACUAGAAAUAGAAAAUGAACGAGGAAAGCUCAGAGUUGCAGAGGCUCUGAAUAAGGAAUUUGAGCUGGAUCUAUCAUUGAAGAGGGGUCUAUUGCAGAAUCUACUGGGGGAAUUGGAUGAGGAGAAGUGUUCUUUGCAAAAAGUAACCAGUGAAGUGUCUACUCUUCGAGAGGAGCUGAAUAUGAAGAGCAGUGAAUUUGAAGAAAACAACAAUCUUCUGGAAGUGAAGGAAAAAGAAUUGGUAGAGGCUAAACUAGAAAUUCAGCAGUUAAUAUCUGAACAGAAGUCUCUCAUGCUCAUCCUGCAAGAGAGAGACUUGGAGCUCAAUACCGCGAAGAAGAGAUUGGAGGAAGUGAAUGCAGAGGUAGCAGAGCUAAAAUUGCUCUUGAAUAAAAAGGAAGAUCAGCUUAUCCUGGCCACUGGCAUGCUUAAAGAAAAAGAUGAUUUCGCCGAGGCAAUGCAGCAUGAGUUAGAUGAUGCAAGAGUAAAGGCUUCUGAAGCUGAAUCUGUUGUUGGAAGAAUUGUAGAUCUGACUAAGGAAUUGGUAAUCUCAACAAAGGAGGGAAGUCUCUACACAUCAAGUGACUUGGAAAAGUUUCCAUCUCAAUUCUUAGGAAAUAGUGGUGAAGAUUAUAGGUUACAGAAAAUACAGCUGGAGGCUGAACUUGAAUCGACUAAAGAGAAUCUUAAGGCGAAGGAGAUGGAACUUCUGGCUUCACAGAGGAAACUCGCAAUCAAAGAUGAGGAGCUGGAAAUGGUACUUGAAAGAUUAGAAGAAAAGGACAGAGAAUUGAAAGAAUUAGAGGAAAGGCGUAGAGAUGCAGAUGAUUUGAAUAAGCUCUCUAUCUUGGCAAAUGAGAGUGUAGACGACUUAUCUAUUGAGAAGCUUCAACUGGAAGCUGCUCAGCUUGAAGUCGAGGCUGCGACUAGUGCUUUGCAUAAACUUGCAGAAAUGAGCAGAGAGCUCCUCAAUAAAGCUAGCUUGAGCAUUGAUUCUGAUCUUGAGGUAAAUGUCUUCCCUCAAAAUGGGUUUGGCUCUGAUUCGUGCGUGGUUGAAGAAAGUGUCCCUCUACAAAAUGGGCCUGAACCUGACUCAAAUUUGGUUGAAAGUAACGAGUGCCUAACAGAGAUUACAUUUGAAGUUGCCCGUCUUUCAGCUUUAACAGAAAGGUUAGUCCAAGAAGCUGGUGUUGUCAGUGCUGCAACCUAAUAGCAGCAUCGAUUAUUUGAUUUUGGUGUUAUGGUUGGUAUUUGUGUGUAAAUAUGCAUAUUUUUAGAAAAUUCAGAUUGUUUAUAAGUUGAAAUUCUAUUUUAUUUUGACUAGAAUACUGGUUAGUUCUUAGUAGUUUGUGGAAUUGUGGUAUGGCAGCGUUGUCUCAUUCUUGUUCAAAUGUUCUAUUUGAAGUAUUACAGACCCAGUACUUGUGCCAAUUUAAGGCAUCUUGUUCUGUUGAA